CCAAAAUGGCGAACGUAGCCGCCGCCGCUGCGGCUGCUGCUGCUGCUGCUGCCGCCGCGAAUAGAGACCCAGCCGUGGAUCGUUCACUAAGAUCCGUGUUUGUGGGAAACAUUCCGUACGAAGCCACAGAGGAGCAGCUGAAAGACAUCUUCUCUGAAGUGGGACUUGUUGUCAGUUUCAGGUUAGUAUAUGACAGGGAGACAGGAAAACCAAAAGGGUAUGGCUUCUGUGAAUAUCAAGACCAGGAGACGGCCCUCAGUGCCAUGCGAAACCUGAACGGGAGAGAGUUCAGUGGUCGAGCUCUCAGAGUUGACAACGCAGCCAGUGAGAAAAACAAGGAAGAACUUAAAAGUUUAGGAACAGGAGCACCCAUUAUUGAGUCUCCCUAUGGAGAUAAUGUCCAGCCAGAGGAGGCACCCGAGUCCAUCAGCAGAGCUGUGGCCAGUCUGCCUCCAGAGCAGAUGUUUGAACUCAUGAAGCAGAUGAAGCUGUGUGUGCAGAACAGUCCCCAGGAGGCGAGGAACAUGCUGCUGCAGAACCCUCAGCUGGCCUAUGCUUUGUUGCAGGCCCAAGUGGUCAUGCGGAUUGUUGACCCUGAGAUAGCCUUGAAAAUGCUCCAUCGCCAAACUACAGUCCCGCCACUGGUUCCCAGCGGACAGGGUGGAGGAGCACCGCCAGUCAAUCCACCCCCUGUACAGCCCAGCGUGCCAGUCUCUCAGCCGCAGCCUGUGCCUGGGAUGCACGUGAAUGGAGCCCCUCAAAUGAUGCAGCCCCCCAACAUGGGUGUUGUCCCCGGUCCUAUGCCUGGACCUGGACCAGGACCAGGACCUGCACCAGGACCAGUCGGACCUCCAGGACCAGGUGGUAUCCCCCCCAGAGGCCUGCUUGGAGAUGGUCCCAAUGAUCCCAGAGGAGGUACUCUGCUGUCUGUCACUGGAGAGGUCAUCGAUCCUAACCGAGGCUACAUGGGCGCUCCUCCACCUCACCAAGCUCCCCCUGUACACAUGGGCCAAAUGGCAACUGGACCCCCUCCGGAUAUGAGGGGCCCUCCGAUGGACAUGAGAGGCCCGCCUAUGGGUGAACCACGGAUGAUGGGUGACCCCAGAGGGCCCCCGAUGAUGGAGCCACGGGGACCCCCGAUGGAAACCAGAGGCCGGGACCCCAGGGCGAUGGAUGCUCGUGUUCCAGUCACAGGCCAGAGGGUCCCCAUGGCAGGAGGAAUGCAAGGACCCGUUCCCCAUAGUAUGGGUCCAAAUGCUCCUCCACCUGCAAGACCGGUUUCUGGUAUUUCUGGCGUCCCUCCAUCGGGGGGAGGAUUCAGCCCAGGGCAGAGCCAGGUUUCCACACAGGACCAGGAGAAGGCUGCCUUGAUCAUGCAAGUCCUGCAGCUGACCCCAGAACAGAUCGCCAUGUUGCCGCCAGAGCAGCGGCAGAGCAUCCUCAUCCUCAAAGAGCAGAUUCAGAAGACUGCAGGAGGAGCACCCUGAUGGUCCGACUGAGGAAAUACUCGAAGGUUUUAAGGACUCACUGUCUGCCCCCGUCCUCACCAUGUCACCCUCAGUCUGAAGACGUCUCAGUAGUUUGUAGUUUUUUUUUAAGUCGUUUGUCUGUUUUCUGUAUGGAAGGGUGAAGUUGCUGAUUGCAGAUUCAAAAGCAAGCAACGCUUUUGUGAGGAGGACGACGAUGAUGAAUGCUGUGCCAUCAUCAUUUCCCCCCAGAGCUCACUGUUAUCAUCUAACAGCUCUGAAAACUGUCUCAAUAGUGUUUUGUCAAUAAAAAAA